GUGGAUGUACGACAAGCGAGCAGCGAGAGAGCGAGCACAAGAAAUGUGAAUUCGUGAAGGCAAAUUUCGCACAGUGAACGCAGCGUAGCCCCCGGAGGAAAAAGCACACACGCACACCGUAGCCGCAGUCGCGUGGAUUCGUCGACCGUCGUCCGUGCCGCAACGACACUACGCAACGGCCGCAAACGAUUGCCGUGCUCUUCCGCUGCUGUGCUGCGAAAAGUUGGUGUUGCAAGUCGCGCCGCAGCAAAGCCAAGGCUGAGAGCGAACCCACGUCGUGAACCGUUAAAAUAUACCCGAAAAAAGGAACAACCUCAAACCUCUGGAAUAAAUUACUCCCGUGCGCGCGUCUUUCGCUCAACGCGGCAGCAUCCAGCCAUCCGGGCAGGCCUUUAUAGAAAUUGACCUUUCAGAACACAGAACACAGCAGCGCUCGUGUGCGUGUUCAAAACCUGUGUGCUGCUGUGGCACCACUGGGCGGUAGUGGUGGUGGUGGGUUGGUGGUUGUAUGCCCCGAGCGCAAAGGCCGGAAGGUGAUGUGUGCGUUUAUGGUUUCGGAUGUGUCGCUGUUGGUAGUCGCUAGACGACGGGCAGCAGCAGCAGCCUCCCUUGGCAACGAGCGCCACCGGCGGUAGUGUUUCGGAGUGUUGGUUGGUGCGCCGCUCUAUCCCCGAACCAAAAGGAAAGGUUCUAUUACACUGCGUUUCGGAAACUACUGAAUUCGCCUGCACGCAUUCGAGCCGCGACAAAAAAAAGGUGAUCCCCGUACGAGUGCCGUGUGUCUCUUUAUGUGUGAAUGUUUUGUGUGUGUGUGUGUGUUUGAAUUUGUGAAUUUAAGAAUUUGUGCAAAAAAAAGAAGCUCUCUUUGAGAUAUAGUGGUUUGUGAGAAAAAAAUAGAGGAUAAAAAAAGAAAAGAAAAAUAGAUCCAGAGUGGGCGCUUAAGCAAUUUUUUCCACUUUUUGCGUGUGUGUAAGCAAUUGUUAGCGUGUGUGCGUUUGUGUGUGCGCCAGUCAAAAGGAUUCAACAUGUCGCUGGAUAACCGGAACACCUCGGCCCAGUACAAGCGGGCCGAGCAGCUGAAGCGCUGGGAGGAGUCGGAAAUGAACAAAAAGCUGAGCGGCGUGCCGAAGAGCCCCUCGUCGCGGCGCAUCAAAUUCUCGUCCGGCUGCAUCUUUCUGGCGGCCUGCGUGGCCGGCGACAAGGAGGAGGUGGAGUGGCUGCUCAAGAACGGGGCCGACAUCGAUACGGCCAACGUGGACGGGCUGACCGCGCUGCAUCAGGCGUGCAUCGAUGACAAUCUGGACAUGGUGGAGUUUCUCGUACAGAAAGGUGCCGACGUCAACCGGAAGGACAACGAAGGCUGGACACCAUUGCAUGCCACAGCAUCAUGCGGCUUUCUAAGUAUAGCACGCUAUCUGAUAGAGAACGGUGCCGACCUGGCGUCGAUCAACAGCGAUGGCGAGCUGGCGGUCGAUCUCGCCAACUCGGACGCGAUGGAGGACCUGAUCCAGCACCACCUGGACGAGCAAGGCAUCGACUGCGAGGAGGCGCGCCAGGCGGAGGAGCGCAUCAUGCUGAGCGACGCGACCAAGUGGCUCCGCACGGACAGCCCGGACUGUGAUAAGGCGCACCCGAAGACGGGCGCCACCGCGAUACAUGUCGCCGCCGCCAAGGGCUACAUCGGCGUGCUGAAGCUGCUGCUCGAGGGCCGGGGCGACAUCGACCGGCAGGACGUGGACGGCUGGACGCCGCUGCACGCGGCCGCCUACUGGGGCCAGAAGGAAGCCACACAGAUGCUGCUGAACGCGAGCGCCGACAUCGACGUGCAGAACUACAGCGGCCAGCUGGCGAUCGACAUUGCCCAGGACGAUAUCGUGCCUUUGCUGAAGGAUGCCCGCAAGAACGGGAAGCGCACGAAGCGCAGACCACCUAGUCACGGAAAUAGGAUUACGGACAACUUCGAAAAUAGUACGGAAACGCCGACCAAGGUGAUUCGGGUCGAGGUGAAACCGAUUGACAGCAAUAAGGAGAAGGAAGCUGGUGGAUCCGUCGCCGUCGACUACGGCGACGACGACGUCGACGAUGGCGGGGAAAAUGUUGCCGAAGCGCUUCCGGAAUCCCCGCCGGUUGCAGGAGACCAAGAAGAAGAAGAAGAAGCAGAUGAAAAAGAUGAAGAGGAGGAUGAGGAGACGAUGGAUGAUACGGUAGACGAGGCGCUGGAAGAGGAAGAGGAGGUAGAGGAGGAGGAAGUGGAAGAGGAAGAGGAAGAAGAGGAGGAAGCCGGAGAGGAAGAAGAGGAGCAACAAGAGCACGUCAGUGCGCAAGAGAACCGUCCAGGCGAGGACGUAACCGAUUCGUCCAUCGGUAGCGUUCCGUGCCAGCAAGUUCUUCCUUUACCCGCACAAAUCAACCAAACAAAGGAUGCCGAAAGCGACGAAGAGGAAGAGGAGGAAGAAGAGGAGAAUGGCAGCGUAUCGUCGGAACCGUACUCCUCCUCGAAUCCGUCCGCCGAUAGUAGUAUGACCGAGUCCGAAACAGACGAACUGUUGCCACGGCCCGUUCCAAUCAUCUCGCGACCGACGCCGGUUCCACUGACCACACAAAUUGUAGCGCCGAAGCCACGUGUAACGGAGCCACCGGUACCGUCGAACAACGCUGCACCAGCGGUCGCUAACAAUCCAGCGGCUCCACCAACGGCACCGUGGCGCCGUGCGCGUGCCGUACCGACGCCUGUCCCGCGCCAGUUCUACGAGGAAGCACAGCAACCACCGGCCGAUGAUGUCGUCGACUACGCUAACCUCGUUUUUACGUCCAAGCGCAACCUAGUUUCGGAAAAGGAAAAUAAACCAACCGAACCGGAUGUGAUACUGAGGAGAACCCAGAGCUUCGAGAGUGACGAAAAGUUCUACCAGCGGUAUGCCGAGCUGCGAGCACGAAUACAGGCUAACUCAUGCCCCCACACGAUCCUACCAUCGACGCCUAUUAACACUAAAACCAGUACCGCCUCGAACAACAACAACAACAGCAGCAACAACAACAACAACAACAAUAACAAUAGUACUACCAAUAAUAGUAGUGGUACGACGACGACGCCUGCAUCGAACAUUUCGUCGUAUCUGGUGCAGCGGUCCGCCUCACUGAAGGAUCAUCGGACACUAAGGAAAACAACAAGCAAUUUGGUCCUGGGAAGCACGACCACAUCACCGUCAUCGGCGACCGGACCGGCGUCCGGCGCAACCACCAACCUCGUGCCUCCAGCAGCAACCGGUACGGGUGCAGCGAACAACACAACGGGCAGCACCACGGGAAGCUCCGGUGCCGUCUCGCCACCGACCAGUCCGUCCGGAACGCCGACGACAACGCCCACUGCCGGACAGAUCAGGAGCUCCAUACCCACACCAAUCACCCUCAACAGCCACAAGAAUACCACCAUGAGCAACAACACUGAUAACAGUAGCAGCACCACCACCACCACCACACCGUUCGGUGAUCGCUACCGGAAGCGGUAUGAGGAUCAACCGGAGACGGUGCGCAAACCCUCGGCAACGAAUAGCACGGUUGCGAAUGAUCAUACCUCAUCCACCACCACCACAUCCGCUCCCGAGGCGGCCGAUCACACGGCGCACGAGACCACGCUCACACCGGCCACCGGGCCCGAAACGAACAAGAACCACAGCCUGUUCGAACUCAACCGCAAAUACAUUGAGCAGGCGCAGAAGACGAAGAUCAAUAAUGAGCGCAAUAAAUUUCUCUCCUCACUCAACGAGAAGAGACAACAGCAGCUCCAGGAGCAGCAGCAGCAAGAGCAACAGCAGCAACGGCGUCAGCAACCAGCCGAACAGCCGAGGGGUGGUGGACGGUACGAUGGCAGACCGGGCAAGCCGGAAGCGUCACAAGAGGAGGCGUCGUUCGAGGAACCGGCGGCAGUGAAGUUGAUCAUGCCAUCGUACACCGCAGCACCGGUCCCAGCAGCGGUGCUGGAACAGCAGCCACCCGCGGGAACAACGCCGGUGACGACCAGCCCCUCUUCGAACAAGCUGUCGCCUGGAAAUAUUUUCAAAAACUUUUUCAAAUCAUUUGUACCACCGACGCGGGACGAAGAGAGCGAAACGCAACGCAAGGCCCAUGCCAAGCGUGUCCGGGAGACGCGCCGCUCGACCCAGGGCGUCACGCUGGACGAGAUCAAGAGUGCCGAGCAGCUGGUCAAGAAGAAGAACGCUACCGGAUCGGGCAACGAAAACGACACAAUGGCACCCGCGACUGCGACAGCAACGACAACCACGACAACGCCAUCAUCACCAUCCUCAUUAUCAUCCACUGCAUCACCCUCAUUUACCAACGAUCGUGUGCCGGCGGUCGGCAGCACUGGCGACCAGCAGCAGCAGCAAGGCAGCAAUCACGUAACGGAAGGGUCCGCAGCACAGGAUGCGGCCGGCGGCGGCGUUGGUGGUGGGUCGACGAAGGUGGAAGAAAUAGCCGUGUCGGCUAGUUUCACGCUAGCCGCACCGGGAUCGUCUCUCGAUGACGGUGGUGACGGUGGCGGAGGUGGUGGAGGAGGAGGAGGCCACCGAAGGCACCGCCGCAGUGUGGCCGGCAUGGACGAGGAGGAGGAUGACAGCAAGGUGACGGUGUCGUAUACCAUCAGUGCCCCGGUACGGCAGAGCUCGCCCAGCCCGCGAGCGGUGGCGGCGGCGGCGGCGGCAGUGAGCAACUCCAAAGAAAGUGCCGAUCCACUGGAUGGAACCGGCGCUGGUGAUGUUCCUGCCGUAACGGCAACGUUCCACGUGCCAGCAACCGCGAGCGAACCGAUGGUGGCGACCUCGGCCACCAUCCGAACGUCGUCGGGCGCAGCGGGUGGUGUCGUGAGUAAUAGUGAUAGUAACACCACCACCACCAACACCUCCAACAGCAACAACAACAACACCAGUGCAUCCUUUAAUACCAACCACAACACAGCCGCCACCACCACCACCUACACUAAACGUUCACUGUUCGAUAUCGAUAACGCGAACUCACUAACACUGGCCGAGAAGCUGCGCCACGAGGCGAACAAGUACGCGAUCGCGGCCGUGGCGGACGGCGACCUGGACAGCCACCUGGUGGCCCGGGUCCCCGGCAGCAACAGUGGCACUACUAACAGUGGCGGCGGCGACGAAAGCAACAGCACCAGCACGAACGCACCUGCGGACAAUAGUGCAGCGAGUGCUGGUGCCGCCGUGCCGCCAUCGCCAACGCUGCGGAAGGCGGAUCCGGCCACAACGACCACCACCGGUGUCACGGCCGAACGAAGGCCCUCGUGGCGGUUGAAGGUGGACGGUGGCAGCAAGUUCAAACUGGAAGAUGCGUCCACACCGAAUGCCGCCACACAGUCAUCGUCGGUAGCGAGCAGCGGUUCCGUGUACGAACCGUCCGGCCCGGCUAAUCAGGCACCAGAGCACGGUUUGACUACUACUAAGCUCACCUCCUCGUCGGCCCUGGCCCAACGAAGGGCGCAGCAGCAGAAUGGUGACAGCAGUACCGCCACCACCGGGACGACCUCCUCCAAUGUUGCCAGCUCGCGGCCCCUAUCGGCACCGGCGUCCGGGCUUGCCGCCGGCGAGCAGUACAACCGUGUGCCGGGUAGCGCCGCCACUGCGGCCGGUGAGCAGCAGACCGUUGCUGCCGCCACGGACCCCAACAGUCCGCUGCACCAUCUCCGGCGGCCACCGAAGUCGGCGGGCGAAGAGAACAAGGAGAACGACAAGGAGAACGAUAGCCGCAGCACGGCCCAGGCCACGCAGGCGGUCAUACAGCGGCGCCGGCGUCAGAAGCGUCGUUCGACUGGCGUCGUUUCUGUCGGCAUGGAGGAUCUUGAUCCCGAUCGGCAAGAUUCUCCGGUCGACGGUGAUGAAAAAGAGACUGGCUCGGAACGGGGUCGCUCGCGCGUCGGUUCGACGGCCUCCGAGCUGGACACGGCAAACCAGCCGCAGGACUCCACACGAGAAAAUGGCGGCGACUGCAUCGAUUACAAAGCUCUCUAUGAACAGGAAAAGGCCGAUAACGAUAAGCUUAAGAUGGCUCUACGGAAGAAAGAUGAGGAGGUGGUAACGCUAAAGGCCGCGCUUGAUCGAUUUACUACAGCGACCACCAAAAACAACUCACUGUCGGAGCUGGAGAAACGCGAACGGCGCGCCAUGGAGCGGAAGAUGUCCGAGAUGGAGGAAGAGUUGAAGCUACUGGAAGCGCUUCGUACGGAAAACCAACGACUUAAGGAUGAAAAUGGUGCCCUUAUUCGUGUGAUCAGCAAGCUGAGUAGAUAAUGUGUCUGCGUGCGUACUCGGGCAAGCGUGUAGAAAUGCGCAACACAACCUGUGGAACGUGUGGGCAGCCAGACACUUUUCCAUCACACUAUCAUCAUCAUCAACAUCAUAAUCCCUAUUAAUCGACGAGUCAAUGUGUUUCUCCAUGGAGGAGAGAGAGAGAGAAAGUGGGAUAGAAAAGACGGAUCUGGAGCAAGCAGUAUCCUACAUGCCUUCAAUUUUAAACAUACAUUUCUGUCCACCGAACCGAAUUACAUGUAUAGAAUGCGUCAGUUGUUAUGCGCGUGCCUCACACAAAAGGAUCGAACUCGAUCAUUAAUGCGUACGGAUUAUCUGGAAUAAUUGGGCUACACAGCCAAGCAUGAGUGUGCGUGUGUGUGUUGUGUGAUGGUUUGAUUGGAUGCUGAUCUUUCACUCUUUCUCUCUUUCUCUCUUUCUCUUCCUUCUCUUCCUUCUGGCCUAUAAUUCAUAAAAAAAACAUCAUCUUCCUGUUCCGCUUCCCUCCUCCCACAUGUAACGUAAGGUACAUUGAUUUUUGUUUUCAUUGGAAUGAAUUGCGCAUAUAUUGCAAGGCUGUUAACUAGUGCUUAGCGAAGAAAAAAAAACACACACACACAUAGGCUUUUCUUGAACCCUUCCUCCUGUGUUGGAUAAACUAUAGUUAGGAAGCAAAGCAACUACAUCAACAACAACAAAAAACGCAAGACCGUGUUUGUUACAGAUGGAAAAGAUUUCAAUCUUACGGGGAAACAGCACCAUGUAGAAAAAAGCCACUAAGAGUCUGGUGGAAAAUAGAGCUGGCGGAAAGAUAUGAUAUCGCCAUGUUAGCUGCCGUGGCUGAUAGCUCUGGUAUCGAAGUAGGGAAAGACGAUUCUGGCUGUAGUUGUCGCAUUUGUGUAGCAUCUUUGAAACCUCAACGCGCGUGUAGUCCGAUAUACCCGCGAGUCAAGAUGCUUCCUCCUUAUCUGCCAACCAAUUGCUCUCCUCUUUAAAUUCCUCUUUUUAUCUAAUCGAUCGAUCGAAUGUGUUGUAAUACUUAGAAUAUGCUUUUAUUUGUUUAUCCCAAAUCGAUCCUUCUUAGAGAUCUUAUAUUUUACAAUCCAUCUCUCUUCCUCUCUGCGUACACAAUCCCACACACUUUUAAUUAUCGGACGUAAAGGAAAGGAAUUGAGUUAGCUUUAACAGAAACAUCAGCAACAAACACGCCAGAGGAGAGACAGUGCCAGAAAAUCGAGGUUUUUGCCACUAGGCGACAAAACGCUCUGUCGGCUCCGCAGGAGUCAUUUCUUAUCUACUAUUUUUGCUAUAAGCGCACACGCAGUAGACCAAAUUCUCCGGUGUAGGGCACAACGUUCGCGAAAGGGGUAUCCCUGCUACGGCACACAAACACUAGCGGGCACACGGGCAAACCGCCGCGCUGCAGUGGCCACUUUAUUUAGCGUUUUUUGUUUUUUUUUUUUUUGUAUGGAUGUGUAUGUGAUGGGUCGAGCGAAAGCAAGAUGAUGAUGAUGUUAGGAAGAAUUUGUUUGAAUAUAUGAUAUUUUUUUGUGUCGUUAGUAGAAAUAAAAAGUGAAGAUAAAAUCACACCGUUGACCCAUUUUGGUGGAGCCAAGGAAUUACAGGGAUGUGUUGUGAGCAGGAAGGCAGCAAUGAAACACAUAUAGUAGAGUAUUUGCAGAGCAGCGCGCAUGGUGAGGUGGUAAUUUAAUUUAACGUGAAACUUUAAAUGUUUUGCCUACUCGUGGGGCAGUGCAGCGAAACACCACGCUCUAGCGAGGGGAAGAGAGCGAGCGAAACUAAUGCAAGAAAUUACAGCGCUUUAGAGAGGUGUACCCACAGAAACAGUGUUGUUAGUUAGUUUGGUUGUUUAGAAACGAAGCGAAUAUACAAACGGAAGGAACAGCAGCAGCAGUAGUAAGAGAGCUUUUUGUUUUCCCUUUUAUUUUCCUGUUUUAUGCCUAUUGACACACAAAUUGUCGUCGUGUUGGCGUGUGUUGUUUGUGCACGCACUAAACUUUUUCUAUUGCAAACAGAGAGAGAGAGAGCAUUUUCAAGCACAGUCUAUAUUAUGUAUUAUUUGUUAACUUUUAUUUGAUCUCGCAUUUAUGAUUCGUUCUGUUUUAUUUUAUUAUUUUCUAACGUUCUUUUUGUAAUUCUCUCUGUCCCGUAUGCCGGCCAUGUUAAUGAUCGGUAUCACACGAUGUAUUUGAGUCCUUUUAAUAGGCACACAUACACACACACAUAAGACAACGCUCUUUAUAGGGAAAGGCAAUCGAUGGGCAAUUCUGUAUCCAUUUUCUGCGUGUAUGUUGUGAUCAGAAGAUUAAAAAAAUAAGAGAAACUAAAGGUGGCAAUCUAAUAUAAAGGAUAUGCACAUACAUAUAUAUAUAUAUAUAUACACA